GCGCGCUCCCAACUGCGAACUGCGAACUUCUCACAGUACCAACUGCAACAUCUGAUCCCAGGGCACCUUCGAGCCACGCGCGCGCGACGUGCGCCCGCUCUACAACGAUGCCCUCGGACGACUAUUCCACUGUUGCCCGCGGGCCUCUCAAGCUCAAGGGCGUCGUGGCCGGGGGUAAAGUCAAGAAAAACAAGAAGAAGAAGGACAAGUCCGACCUCGAGAAGAACCUAUCGACCGGCGACAACAAGUCACCAGUAACCAGCAACAACGAUGAUGACGAGAAGCAGUUACAAAAGCGAGACUCGGAGAGUCUAGGCGCAGAUAUAGUAGACAGCCAAGAUGAGGAACGAACGAGAAGAGCAACAAGCCAAAGUCAGGAAAGGGAAGAAGACGAUGAGACGAAAACCGAGGCGGAGAGGAGGUUCUUGGAGGCCAAGAGGAAGAGGCUAAAAGAAAUGAUGGAAUCCGGCCGCGUCCGCCCCGAGCUGCUCAAGACACACAAGCAGCGCGUGGAGGAGUUGAACGCGCACUUGUCCCGCUUGAGCGAGCAUCAUGAUAUGCCCAAGAUUGGACCUGGUUGAGAAAACAGAGACCACAAAAGAGAGAGAGAGAGAGAGAGAAAGGAAAACAGGGAAUCCAAGCGACAAAAGAC